AUGAUAGAUCCUUUAAAACCACCAGAAAAUGUUAGAGGAAUGGUAAUUCUUGAUAAAGAAAAAUUUAAUAAAAAUAUUAUUUUACCUACAAUUGAAAUACCUUCAAAAAUAGUUAGUAGGAUUAUUGGAUCACAAAAUAUUAAAGAUUAUAGUAUACCAACAAUGAAUAAAAUAAAAGCAAUAAUGGAAAAUGAAGAUAAAAAAAGUAAACUUUUAGUUUUAAAUCCAGAAAAUUUUGAUGAAAUUAAGAUAAAAGAAACAAUAGAAUAUUUAACUAAUAUUGAAACAAAAAUUUCAAUGAAAUCAUUUACUUUAAAAUAUGAAGAUUAUGAUAUAAAAAGAUUAAUAAAGUCUAUAUUACCUGAUUCACUUGAAUUUAGUGGUUAUUCACAAAUUGGUCAUAUAGCUCAUUUUAAUUUACAAAAAGAAUUACUACCUUAUAAAUAUAUUAUUGCUCAAAUAGUUCUUGAUAAAAUUAGUUGGUGUAAGACUGUUGUCAAUAAACUUGAUACAAUUACAACAGAAUUUAGAUUUUUUAAAAUGGAAUUGUUAGCUGGUGAAGAAAAUUAUUUAACAGUUGUUGUUGAAGAUGGAUUAAAAUACAAAAUGGAUUUUUCAAAAGUUUUUUGGAAUUCAAGACUAAGUAAUGAACAUAAAAGAAUUGUAAAAAAAUUAGAUAAAAAUUCAGUUGUUUAUGAUGGAUUUGCUGGAGUUGGACCUUUUGUACUUCCAGCUAUUAAAAAAGGUGUUAAAAAAGUAUUUGGAAAUGAUUUAAAUCCUGAAAGUGUAAAAUGGAUGGAAACAAAUAUUGAAAUAAAUAAAAUGAAAAAUAAGAAUAUUAAAAUAUUUAAUAUGGAUGCAAAAGAUUUUUUUAAAAUUAUUGUAAGGAAUGAUUUAUUAUCAUACAAAGAUUCUAUAGAUAAACCUUCUAAUUGUCAUAUUAUAAUGAAUCUUCCAGCACUUGCUGUAACAUUUUUACCAUAUUUAGAAGGAUUAUUAAAAGAAGAAAAGAAAGAAAAUUAUAAUUUUGAUAUAAUAGUUCAUGUCCAUUUAUUUGUCAAAAGCUGUAGUGAUGUACCAUUUUCAUGGUUUUUUGAAGAAGCUUCACGAAUUGUGCGUUCAAAUAUUAAUAUACCAAAUUUAGAAUUUUUGGAAAUUCAUAAUGUUCGUAAUGUAGCUUCUCGUAAGGAGAUGUUUUGUGCUUCAUUUAAAUUACCUUCAGAAUUUUUAUUUUCAAUCUCAGAAUCAGAUAAAAAGGAUCAAAAGGCAAAAGAAUUAUUUACUGAUGAAAUUGUUAAUAAAAAAAUUAAAUUAAAUUAA